CGGUGAUCGAUUUACGCUACAACGUUGGUAGGCUCCAUGGAGUCGAGCUGCUCGGACACGCAGGCCUUGUACACAGGUGCCUUGCGUGCAUGUGGAUACACACCCAGCUUCUCAUGUGAAGACGUGGCGUGUCUGCACAACAACCUACAGUGGUGCAACAGCUCGGUGUGCUCGUCCGCGCUCAGUUUUGCCCAGAAUCUGACCACCGAGUGCGGACGACAGCCGCUGAAUCCUCCGAUGCCGCUUCAGAUCUGCGACACUGCUUGCGUUGGCGCGACGCGGCUAGUCCAUGGCCUCCUUACCACUUGCACUACAGCGACCGGCGGCCAAGGCGAUCUGGCCGCGUGCUUGGCGUGCCAGUACUACCAAGGCAACCGAAGCAUGCUGUUUACGCACUGUGCCAUUGAAGGCGUGUCGUCGCCCUACGGAGCUGUGGCCGGUGCCACCAUCUCGCGCUGCAAAAUCAUCUUCCCCCAGCUACCGCCGUCAUUUCCAAGCGCAUUUGAUGACUCGUCUUCAAUGGUCGUCCGCACCGACGUGCAAAGUGCCCCAGUGUUUAUUGUGGUUGUGAUUGUGGGUAUGGUUGUCGCUGUGAGUGUGGUGAUUCUCGUCUACUUUCAGUUUCGCAAUGUCCGCAAAGCCCAGCGCCGCGAAUCCUUCCGUGGCGCCAUCGUCGUCCAGCCUCCCAUCCAACAACACCUCCAUCAUGUCCACCAUCAUCAUCACAAUCGUCGCCACCGCCGCGGCGCCGUGCCCCGUCCCACACUACACCGAAAGCAACGGAUCACUCGAACGUCGAUCCUUAGCUUUGAAGACGAAGAGCCGUACAUAUUGCCGUCCCCCGCGAGCUACGACAUGGUGCUCGGGUCACCGAAAGAUGGCUCAGGCAUCGACGACGUGCGAUUUGACAAAAAGUUUACGCAGUAUCGCAUCCCCGUCGACGAAUUUGUGAAUAAAACACUGCUCGACACUGGCGGGUAAUGCGGGGAUUGUACUAUGUUUAUAUAUAUAUAUUGAAGUGAUCAGUUUGGAAGAAUCUACAUUGGAUUUUAUAU